ACGAGUUUAAAUAAAGAUUUUUAGUAGAGACUCAUUUUAAAACACUAAGCACAUUUUAAAUUGUAGGCUACUUUUCAUUUCAUGCGAUGUGCGGGCAGCUCGAGCGAGCAGAUGAAGAGUCACGAGCUCAGGCGGAAUGAAUGCAUGCGUUUGAAAUGACGGAGGCAGAUAACGCUGUGGCUGAAGUUGGACGCUUCGUCAGUGAAAAACUGAGAAAAAUGGAGGUGUCAAAAAAGAUUGUCCGAAAUUUGGAACCAGCGAGGCCACUACGUCGCCUUAACAUAAAUCAAGUACCCCAAAGCAAUGUUGUGAUCAAGCCAUUUGAAAAGCCAAUUAAAAACCCAGAUAGCAGUAUUAAAGUGGAACAGUUGUACGAAAUCCUUCAUCUUCAAAGCACAAGUAUCCAGCCAAAAAAGAAAGAAAGAAUAUGCUACACUAGGGACUUCCUUAUCAAGAUGGCAAACUGUCCAAUGGCCAAGAAGAAACCUGAGUUUUUGCCAGAUCAUCCAAUAGUUUUGGAGAACGGAAGAACUCGCGUUGUGCCAAAAAAUCAGUAACCACUACAAGAAAGAGGACAUGGUUGCCUAAUGUGGAGAAUUCCUUACAUUCUUUUUUAUUUAAAUAUGAGGGUCUGAAGCUGCACUACAUGGGAAGCAAGGUGGAAAUGGUUACAAACUGCUUUUUUAAGUUCUGAAAACUGCAGAGCCCUUCACAAGUGCCUAAUUCAUGCGUAAAAGAGGUUAACGAGCAUCUUCACUUUUUGGUCUUAAAAUGAAGGCAUAGAAAAUUGUAAAAAAUAAAUUUCUAUAUUCUUUAAAAAGGAAAUAUUAAACUUCUCUCUUUGAGGCUGAACACUUGAUUUUUAUUCUGCAGAGUAACGCAUACCUGCAGCACGGAUGUCUUGGUCUUUGCAAAAGUAUUCUUUGCAAAAAUGUAUAAUUAUACAUUAUACGCUCACUCUUUAUCCUUUCUUGAUAAUACUUUUUUACAUCAUCAAACAACUGUGAUUUCUAACUCUGGCUUUUCCAAAAUGCUGACGGUUUUGCACUGCACUAGUUUUAUGAUCUUUGAGGUUUGCUGAUAUUUGGAUUUGUGAUGUAGCUUGAAGUUGUGCACCUUGAGUGAUAGACGUUUUUUCAGAUGUUGGAGUUAGACUUCAGAAAUGUUUGAAUUUUGAUCACUGGACAUUAAGUGUAUGAGGCUGGAUUCAAAGAGUGAGCAAGCAACACGUGUGGCACAAUCUUUUUGACAACUACGGAGUCUUUAAAAUAAUUGUACACUGACCGACACAUCCUUGUGACGAUGGAUAGUAAUACACUUUAUUUUUGUUUAUUUAAAUGUUUUUAUAAUAUAUUGCAGUGAAGUGGAUUGAAGCACAAAAAGUUCAAUCUUUGUUUGAAAGUAUUUGCUUUUUAUCACACUGACACUGUAAUCUGUAAACUCCUUGUUUUAAAUUCAAAUCUCCACAAAAUUCAUUACACACAGUAAAGUUUGUUUUACUUGGUGCUUUGCUUCAUUGUUUCAUUCAUCUUAAUUAAUUUACUAAUCAGUAAACUACAGCCCUCAGGGAUAUCAUAUAGCAUUUGGUUUGUGUGGAAGAAUAGAAAAAUAUUAGUCUGGUGAAAGAAAAGUUCAAGUCUGCGAAUUGUUUAGUACUUGUAAAACGAGAACU